AUGGAAAGUACUGCAAAAUCCUUCAAUGUUCGUUCCACUAGCUUUCCCUCAAAGUCCCAUCCGAACUUGGCCAGAGUUCAAGAGUGCCUUCAUGUGUUUAAAGCGUGGGAAGCCUCCCCAUCAAAGAAGGCACAAUUUGUAACUAGCCUUGCUCACCUCAAGGACCUUUACAUUUCCAUCAAUGCCUUCCUCCAACUGCCUCUCAGUCAGCAAGCUCUUUGUGGAAAAGAGAGGUUGGUGGGACAGUUGAUGGAUGACUUCGUCUGCUUAAUGGAUGUUUGCGGGAUGGUGAAGGACUCGUUGCUGCACAUGAAGGAACAAUACGAAGCUCUAAGAUCCAUGCUUCGGAGAGGGGAUUCUGGUCUAGAAGCUAGCAUCUGUGCCUACCACUGCAGCCGGAAGAGGAUGAAGAAGGACAUGGCAAAGUGUCUGAGUUUAUUGAGAAGUGUAGAGAAGCAUGUAUGUUCAUCCAAUGACAACCUUGAUGUGGUAGAUCAAGUCUUGAAGGAUGUGAGAGCAGCUGCAGUCUCUAUCCUUACCUUUCUUUCUUCAAUCAUCUCCGGGCGAAAGGCAUCACAAUCCAUCUUCUCAAAAUUCAGGACGCUAGGAUCGAAAAGCCAGAAUGAGAAAGGGAUUCAUGAUGGUGCAAGUGACAUAGAGAAGGCAGAUGUCGCCAUAUUGAGCCUUUAUGGCCAUUCAUCAAAGGCUGUCAAAGAAGUUGAUGCCCGAGAUGCGCAGAAGCAGAUGGAAGCAGUGGAUCUAAAGUUGAGGGAAACAGAGGUGGAGUUAGAGGAUUUUUUCAGAUGCAUUUUUUCAGAUGCUUGA